UGUCUCUCUCCCUCUGUUUUUCUCUCUCUCUGUCUCUAUCUCUCCAGCGCUCGCCCUAGCGGAGGGCCCCCCUCUCCACCAGCAGCGGCGCGAGCGGGCGGUCGCGGGCCCACUCCUUUGCCCGUGCUCUAACGCCGGAAUGUGGGGUUGUGUGCAGGGACCGCCUGGGCCCGCUGGCCAACGCGGAGUGCAGGGAAUGAGAGGACCCAACGGACUGCGUGGGCCUCACGGUAAUCCUGGCAUGCACGGUCCACCAGGCUUGAUGGGACUCAGCGGCGACCCGGGCGUGGACGCCCCCAGGGGCCCCCCAGGAAAGAAGGGCUAUCCAGGACCCAUGGGCCCAAAGGGUCCUCCGGGACAAGAAGGCCCCAAGGGUCAGGAAGGCUGGCCGGGAUCUCCGGGCUCACCUGGUGAGACGGGCCCGCGAGGAUCUGACGGGAAUCCUGGCGCAAAAGGAUACCCUGGCAGGCAGGGCUUGCCUGGUCCUGUCGGCCGCCGUGGUCCUAAAGGAGCUGCGGGGUUCAUGGGAAUUCCCGGCAUUAUGGGAUUGCCCGGACUGGAUGGUGACAUAGGCGUUCCAGGACUUCCGGGGAAGAUUGGCGACUCGGGACGUCUGGGAUUCGUGGGUGAGCACGGAGAGAGGGGACCGCCAGGUUUGGAUGGAAACCCGGGUGCACUUGGAGCUCCUGGGCCAAUAGGAGUGAGAGGGCUGGCGGGAGACCAAGGCUGUCCGGGCUCUCGGGGAAUUCCCGGGAUUCGAGGAUAUAAGGGCUUGGCCGGAAGCAGAGGGGAGGCUGGAUUGAAAGGUGAUAAGGGCCCGGAAGGUGUCCCCGGUGAAAAUGGAAAACCCGGAUUCCCAGGGGAUAAGGGAUAUCAGGGCAUUCCCGGCCUCCCAGGACCCCGCGGCAACGUUGGGCUCGCUGGCAUCGACGGAGACAAAGGCCUCGUGGGCCCGGCAGGACCGCAGGGACCCGAGGGUUUUCCCGGAGACAUCGGACUCCCUGGACCCAAUGGUCCCGAAGGACCGAAGGGACUUCCUGGGGCAAGGGGAUUUCUGGGACCGCUCGGAGGUCAGGGUCAAGAGGGUGACCAAGGACCCACGGGACCACCUGGCAAGCCCGGCUUGACGGGCCUCCGGGGGAGGAAGGGAAUGUCUGGCGCGAGCGGACUGCUCGGCCCAAAGGGGGAGCAGGGUGACGCAGGCCCGGUGGGGUCCGGCGGAGACCCGGGCCCAUUGGGCAAUCUUGGGCGCAUGGGGAGGAUGGGUCAAGUUGGACAGAAGGGAGCCCGAGGGUUUAUGGGGUCGCCAGGUCCACCUGGAGAGAAGGGAGUUCCGGGUCACUUUGGAUCGAUCGGUGAUCCGGGAUCUCUGGGACGUCAAGGCAUUCCCGGCUUGCAGGGAGACAGAGGCCCUCCAGGCAAGUCGGGAAUUAAAGGCAAAAGGGGAGCCAGAGGUGACGAUGGGUUUCAAGGAGAGGCCGGGUCUCAAGGCAUCAAGGGUCCGCCGGGCGACGUUGGGAUCCUGGGAGCGCCUGGAGACACCGGACCGAUGGGUGAAGUCGGGGACAAGGGGGAGCAAGGAUUUCUCGGUCUUCCAGGGCCUCCAGGUCCCCCUGGAGCAAAAGGGACCCCAGGAAUGCCGGGUCACCGCGGGCCCACGGGGGAGGUCGGAGCGCCGGGCGACGUGGGGCCACUGGGAUUGCAAGGAGCCGUGGGCGACCGAGGACCACCUGGCGACAAAGGGGACAAGGGAAACACCGGAGGGCUGGGCGGUCCAGGCGAGGCAGGGCUGAUGGGACUACGGGGAGAAGUUGGCUCCGGCGGCGAGGAGGGAUCGGGCGGGAGCGACGGACUCAAGGGGGAAAAGGGUGACCCGGGUCCGGACGGGGAGAAUGGAGAGAGGGCGGAGGUCGGGUCAAAGGGCAGCGACGGCCCCGUCGGUGACUCGGGAAUCGUGGGCGUCAGGGGUUUGGAAGGGAAGAUUGGCAAACCUGGAGAGAGAGGAAAAAUUGGACGAAAGGGUGACAAGGGUCAGCUGGGCCCCGUGGGAGAGCAGGGCACCAUGGGCCUAGUCGGGAAGGAUGGAGACACGGGGAUCAAGGGCGUUCGGGGCAGCAGAGGCCCAAUGGGUGCACCGGGGCGAAUGGGAGUCCACGGCGAAUCGGGCAUCCCGGGGAACUCGGGGCACAAGGGCCCUCUGGGCCCAAGGGGAAUAUCUGGGCCCAAAGGUGAAAAGGGAGAACAAGGGGAAGAUUGUAAAGGGGAAGGCCCCACUGGACCACCCGGCGAGAGAGGGUCCCAAGGCAGCCCUGGAGAGAAGGGGCUCUCGGGAGAUCCGGGAUAUCCGGGUCUGGUUGGCGUUCUUGGCUCAAGAGGUCAAGAAGGCCAACAGGGAUCCCCUGGCAAUGCAGGCCCCCCUGGAAUCGGUGGCCCUAAAGGUGCCAAAGGCUACAAGGGACAGACAGGGAAGUCUGGAGCGGUCGGAGUGCGGGGAAACCCAGGUCUUCCAGGGGUCAUGGGGCCUCCCGGGCCGAAGGGCGUGGGGGGCCCGGAGGGGGCAGCCGGGGACUACGGAGAGGAUGGCGUCACCGGGGAGAACGGCAAGCCUGGCUCUCCCGGGGAUCGGGGCGACGACGGUGAGGAGGGUGCGGAUGGCUCUGCGGGUGCCGCGGGCGACCCGGGGACUCACGGACUCCCCGGUCUGCACGGACCCACGGGCUUCAAGGGAGGGAUGGGUUUGCCUGGACAGGGUGGUCCAACCGGGAUGAGAGGAUCGGAGGGCACCAUGGGGAUAUCCGGAGAGACCGGAUCGCCAGGGAGCAAAGGGAAUCCCGGAGACUCUGGAGAACCGGGCUUCAGGGGAAUGCAAGGUCCAAUCGGCCCAAAGGGAUACCAGGGCGACGUGGGGCCGUACGGGAUCAUCGGACCGCGGGGAUCUCCGGGAAUGAUCGGUAGCUCUGGUGUGGCCGGGCCCUCCGGCCUCUCGGGACCAAACGGAGUUCGCGGGUCUCAAGGAGAGAAAGGGGGGAAAGGAGACAUGGGUCUUCAAGGUCCUCAGGGACCCACGGGGCCCAGGGGUCUCCCAGGGUCUCCGGGUCCUCCGAGCAUCCCUGCCCGCACUGUGGGCGUGGAGGUGGUGAAGACGUUGCACUACCUCAGCGGGCUGGUGCAGAGCAUCCGGAAGCCGCUGGGCACGAGGGAAAACCCGGCGCGGAUCUGCCGAGACCUCAUGGACUGUGAGCAGCUCAUGGCGGAUGGGUCCUACUUCAUAGACCCCAAUACAGGCUGCGCAUCGGACACCAUCCAAGUCACCUGCAGCUUCUCAAAGGGCGGACGCACCUGCUUCAACCCCGUAUCCAUCUCCACGUUGCACUACGACGUCAGCCGGGUGCAGAUGAACUUCCUGCACCUGCUGAGCACCGAGGCCUGGCAAACCGUCACGGUGCACUGCCUCAACUCGCCCGUGCACGGCAACGCCACGGCAGGCCCCGCCGGCUCCACCGCCGACUCCACCACCGCCGCCGCCGCGGGCUCCGGCCUCCGCUUCAGGGGUUGGAGCGGCCUCAUCUUCGGCGGUGCCGGGGGCCCCCUUCACCCCAGAGUCGUCCGGGACGACUGCGCGAUUCAAGACGGCCGCUGGCACCAGGCGGAAUUCUCGUUUGAGACUCGCACGGCCGCCCUGCUUCCCAUCGUCGAGGUUCUCAACCUGCCCCCCUCCAGCGACACCUCCCAGACGCGCCUCGAAGUCGGACCGAUCUGCUUCCUGUGAUCGUCAUCGCCGUUUGACGUCGUCGUUAUCAUCGCCGUCGUCGCCGUCGUCACUUGACAUCGAGUUACCCCAGUGGGGUAAGCGGAGUGAACCGGUGAGUGAAGCUCACCGGGACGGUGACCACGGUAGGUCGUAGCGGCAGUAGUAGCGGCGAUAAGACGAGCGACCAGGAGGCGACUGGUCGCCAGUGAGCUGAUCGGAGCGAAUGGGCGAGUGCCGGAUCGCAGCCGGAAAAUCGAGCCGCGACUUCUUCCCCCCGUUGGUCUUGUGGAAGGAAACGACACGCGAGCGAAAAGAGAGCAAGAGAGAGCUUCAUAGCUCAUCGGAUUCCUCCAGCACGAAGAAAUAAAUCCUAUUCUGAUUCUAGACCGUGGGGAGGGAAGUCGUCACGACGCACCUGAAGCGGCACGGAGACGCGUGACCGUUGAGUCGGCGAGCUCCGAUUGUACAACCCAUUGGUCCCAACGUGAUUGCACUCCGUGUGUGUAAUAAUCGCGGAGCACCAGGUGGCUGAAACGCAGCAAGUUGGCGCAGUAGGGGGCGCAGGUGGUGCAUCGGCCAGUCAUCUCGGUCAGUCUGUCCCGUGACCUCCUUUCCGGUGGGCGUUCGACACUUCACGUGGCUUUAAAGUGCACUUGGCCUGGCGCAAGCGCCGUGGCGAGAUCACCGCCACCUCGUGGCGAAUCACGUGAAAUUUCAGCGCGUGUAAAAAAAAAAUUGCCUCGCCGGAGAUCUGUUCGGAACGCCACGAAAAUAUUAUCUCUCUCUCUCUCCGUCCGUAAAUCCGCGAGUAACGUGGGGGUCACGGUAACCGCCGUGGUGAUGAUCCGCCCAGAGUGAAACCCCUGCGUGUCGAAGUUGCGUGCGCUUCUCGGCACUCGACCCUACGGAGGCAAACCGGGACACGCGGGUGCAUGCAACUCGGUUGCGAGCGACGGGACCGCUCGACGCGGAUGCGCCGUCGCGCGCGCAGAACUAGCAACGCAACAUUUAACGCUGAAAACUGGCCCCGUGCACGAAAAGUUAUUUAUUAUCGUCAUUCCAUAUGACAGUUUUGUUUUCACAAAAUCCGGUGGGAUAUAUUGCGGACGACGCACAUGCCUAGCCGUCAUUCAGCAUUGCCUCCGAAGGGGACGUUAAAAAAGCACGUUUUAACGACGCAAUUAUUCAUGUAAGUUCUCUGCGGGGAGCCCUGCUGACGCCAACCUUAUGCGCUUACUCGGCAAUCCGUGGCAUACAAAUUGAAAGCGCCGGUGCGAAAAUUCAUAUCGACAAAAUCUUUAACCCUUCGGGGUUUUGGAACGCACCAAUUCGCGUCUUUUUUUUGUGGGGGGGGGGUGGGUAGACCCCCCCUUCCAAUGGUCCGGUGAAAUUGUUGGUGUGGCCAGAGCACUUACGUUGCCAGGCCCCCUGAAAGUCACCGGUGACUAUCAUGGUAGCAGCGGCUGCGGUGGAGAGAUGCUUCCUCCCUCGCCUGGUGGGCAGGAGUUCGUGGGUUUGAUCCCGACGCUAAUGCCCGCUGUAUAUUUGGAGGUUGCAUGUUCUCUCUCCCCCGGGGUUGCGUGGAUUUUUCUCUGGGUCCUCCGGU